CCUAUCCAUUGUACCCUCCUUGUAUAUCGACUUUGCGAUCCGUCUCGCCCGACCUUCGAGGCCUUUUCCUACACCUGGGCAGAUUUACAAGGCGACUCAUUACUAUGCGAGACCAUUUUCGUCGGCCCACAGUACGACAUCCUACCUGUAACGAAGAAUUGCCUGGCGGCGCUACGCUGCUUUAGAACCUCUGCGGAUCGUCUUGUAUGGGUCGACGCUAUUUGUAUCAACCAGUUCGACCUGAAUGAGCGGGGUCAUCAAGUCUCGCUUAUGAGAGAUGUUUACAAGUCUGCAGCCCGAGUGCUAACGUAUCUGGGAAAGUGGAGCGAAGACCUUGGAGAUGUCACGGAAUUGCCACACUACAACGACAGGAGAUCCGACCAUCCUUCUGGAACUGCUUUCGCCGAUGUAAGCAAGAUACUUUGUUUGCCCUACUUCUCGCGCAUCUGGGUCAUUCAGGAAGUCCUGCUCGGUAACUCAGCUACCCUGAGUGUCGGCAAGCACACAAUACAUUGGAAGGACUUCCGGGAUCUUGUGCAGAAAUCCCUGUCAGGCCAACAUAAGAAGCCAGCCUCGGCUCUGGUUGAGCACUUCGAUAGCAAGACGGCGAGAUGAGCCUGCUAUCAUGGCUCAAAGCCACGAAGGACUCUCGGUGCGGUGAUUUGCGCGAUCGUGUAUACGGCCUAAUGGGCCUAAUCAGCGAGGAAGAUCGGG